CACAAAACAUGCGGGCUCAUUCAAAGACGCUUAAUAUAAAGACAUAACUUUAUAUGUAACUGGAAAAAUAAAGUGUAGUCACAUUUUGUAGUUUUUAAUCAACAAUGACUCUCCAUAUUCCAGGUCUGAUCAUGAUGGUCAUCUUCUACUUGCUGGUGUUGGCAAUUGGGAUCUGGGCAUCUGUAAAAUCUAAGAAGAUGGAGAAAAACACACACGGUGGACAGAUAGAAGUGUCUUUUUUGGCUAACCGCAGGGUCGGCUUGUUAGUGGGAGUCUUCACGAUGACAGCCACUUGGGUCGGAGGUGCCUUUAUCAUUGGUGUUGCAGAGUUGGUUUAUGACCCCACCAAGGGACUAAUCUGGGCUCUUAUUCCUCUGCAAAUGUCAGUUUCCUUUAUAAUUGGCGGGCUGUUCUUUGCAAAGCCAAUGCGGGACAAAAAUUACAUCACUAUGAUGGAUCCCUUUCAGAGAAAGUACGGAAAAUCACUGUCUGGGCUUCUUGCCAUUGUUCCAUUUAUAAGUGAAGUUAUGUGGGUCCCUGUCACACUGACGUCCUUGGGGGUGACCGUUAGCAUCUUUUCGGAUCUGCCCUUAAGUCUUUGCAUCUGGAUCUCUGCGUCAGUUGCCAUAAUCUACACUGUUCUUGGAGGUCUCUAUUCAGUUGCUUUCACUGAUGUCGUCCAGCUGUCUCUAGUGUUUUGUAGUCUGUGGCUCUGUGCCCCUUUUGUUCUGGCGAGUAACGUUUUUACUGACAUCACUAAAACAGCAUUCAACCACACAUAUCAAGCCCCCUGGCUCGGCCGGCUUGAAUCUAAUGAAGUGUGGAGAUGGAUUGAUAAUUUCCUCUCAAUGAGUGUCGGAAAUUUGGCAUUUCAGGAUUUCCAUCAAAGGACACUUUCCUCAAGCUCCACAUCAACAGCCAGAAUGAUCUGUUUCAUUGCAGCAGGUGUUGUCAUUGUUCUUGGAAUUCCACCAGUGUUGAUUGGCGCCAUUGCAGCUUCAACAGAUUGGAAUUUGACCUCAUAUGGAUCUCCCUCUCCAUUUGAGCGAGGGGAGGUAGCGAUGGUAUUGCCCAUCACCCUUCUGCAUCUUACCCCAACUGCCAUUUUUGUCGUUGGCAUGGGAGCUAUUGCUGGUGCGGCAAUGUCGUCUACUGACUCUUGCCUGUUGGCAGCAACCUCCAUCUUCACCACCAACAUCUACAAGAUCAUCAGACAUCAGGCAUCAGAAAGAGAGUUGCAGUGGGUCAUUCGCCUCUCUGUGGUGGUUGUAGGGGUUGUUGGGACCUCCCUCACCUACCUGGACAACAGCAUCAUGGCAUUUUGGAUCCUGAGCGCAGACUUGACUUAUACCAUAAUGCUCCCCCAACUGAUCUGCAUCCUCUUCGUCAGGGUCUCCAAUGGUUAUGGAGCUAUUACAGGCUAUAUUGUUGCUUUUGUGAUGAGAGUGUUGUGUGGAGAACCGGUGUUCAGUCUUCCCGUCAUUCUGCAUUUCCCGGGGUGCACUUUGGAGGACGGUGUCUAUAUUCAGCACUGGCCUUUUAAGACCAUUUGCAUGCUGUCUUCUCUGGUCUCCAUUUUGAUGUUUUCUUAUUUGGCUUUACUCUUGUUUAACAAAGGGAUCCUCCCUGAGAGAUGGGACGUGUUCAAGGUGAAAUCCCAGGGAGUACCAAAACCAGCAGAUGGUGCCAGAGAGUGUGAUGGUGAUAAGACUGAUGUUCAAAAUGAAAAGGAACCAAUGCUUGAUACAAGAUGCUAAUUUUGUGUUUAUCUCAUUUAUGUCUUAAUUUGUUUAUGUAACAAAGAUACUAAUGACAUAACAUAGAUAUUAAUGGCCUUCAUGAUAAAGCUCAAAGACAUAGCUAUUGGUCUUGUUCUAAAUUUCUAUCUCUUCAGCACUUCUGCUUCCAAAAAUGUAAGUGUUAAUGAAGCACAUGAUGCAUGCACAAUAGUUCUGAUUGAUUUGUAAAUUAUUUUUACUGUUGUGUAAAAUAAAGUACAUAAAUAUCCCGA